AUGGGGGUCCCAGAACUGGUGCCAUCCCACUGCCGAGAGAGCAACGUGGGUCACCAGCAGCUCUACUGGAGCCAUCCGAGAAAAUCUGGCCAGGGUUCUUGCUUUUGCCAUGUCUGCUCAAACCAGUGCACUCUGCUCCGGAAAUAUGGCCUCAAGAUGUGCUGCCAGUGUUUCCACCGGUACGCAAAAGACAUUGGCUUCAUUAAGUCGGACUAA